UGCCCGCAAAAAUUUCACUUGUGCCAUCAUAACAAAUAGGGUAGGCAGCUUGUACAACAAGAGAAUAUGUAACAAAGCAGCCUUUCAAGUUUCAGCUUCUGCUCCCGUCCAGCAGAGCAAUUUUGCCUGCUUGCUACCUUCAAUAGCGUCCUGUUCUUUCUUGUCCUCGACUCCCAUUCAAACCUUUCUGACCACAGGUUUUGGCAUGAAUCGAACUGCUCCGUAUUAAAGGCUCCUUAAUCCCGCUGCACAAGAGCAGAAAACAAGAGGAAAAAAAAAAGCUCAAAAACUUUACCAUUGCCCUGUUGCCCUGUUGGUUUUCGCUUUCCUUCCCCCACCUUUGCUCCUAAACCUUACAGCUUGCAGAAAGUUUCUCAAAUGGCGAGGCUGAGAGCCAGGAAGCCACAGAGGGAUGCCCCUAUUCUUAAAGCCAAAAAACGCAAGAAACCCAAACGCCAAAGAGAAGUCCUUAAAACUAAUAAUAAGCCAGCUUCUUCUUUGCUCCGAUCAUCAGACGACCAUGAGCAGAAUCUUGAGUCCCAUCAAAAGCCUUGUUUAGACAUCACACUUCCAUCACAAAUUCUCAGUGAUUUUGAUCCGAAGAGUUUCUCAAAGACACAGCCCAUACAAUCCAUGCCUUCAUCUCCUAAAACUCUUUCUCAUCUUGCCAUUGUCCCGUUCAACAAUCCCAGCUUGAAAGCUGGCACAGUUUCUUCACGGAAGAAGGGAAAGAGCCUAAUGACGUGUCACUGGAACAAGAAAAAGAUGGAAACUUUGACAAAGCAUUUCAACCCCAUCCCAUUUUCACCCAAAAGAGUGCCGUCUUUAGAUAUUGCAAGCAACCAAAGUUUGCUCUCAACUUUAGGCCUGUGGGAUUUUUUCCAUCUUGAUUUUGACCAGGAACUCCGAACAGACUUGAUAAAAGAGCUCGUUGUGUUCUACAACUCGAAGAGGCAUCCGUACUGUAAAAGCUAUGUGAAUGGUCUGUCAAUAACCCUCAGCCGUGGAGCACUGGCGAAAGCUCUGCAUUUGCCUCUUAAGAGCCGAAGUCGCCGAAGUCUUGUUGCAAAAGGAGGUGGUGAAGACGGGUUAUUAAUGCUUUCCGAGGAGGAGGGUCUGUUUCUUGAAGAGAUCGUUUGGGGUUGGCUGGUUUUGCAGGAUGAUGGCUCUAUGGUGAUAGAGGAGGUUUUAAAGUUUACGAGGUGUGUUAGAGAGAGAAUGCUUGAGGAGGUCGAUUGGGCAGGGUUGAUUUGGUUUAUGGUGGAAAGAGAGUUGUCAAAAGGGCAGGAUUUGGUUAACUGUUAUUAUGCCUCUCAUAUGCAAAUUUUGUUGAAGCAUCAGCUGCCUAAGUUGUUUGAGAGUGAGGAUGUUGAGAACGUUAUUGGAGAGGAAGCACAUUUGCUAGAUGUGCCUGUUGAGAAUGUUUUGGGCGAGGAAUCAAAUUUGCUAGAUUUGCAGAUGGUUGACGUAGAGGACUCGAGAAAUGUUGACAAACAGGUGAUUUUCUUUGAUGAAGAGUUCAGUAAAGAGAGUGUUGCUAGCGUUGUAAAAGAUGCAUGGAUUACUGAAAUUGGGCAGGAAGAUGAAAAUAUUUUGGUGAAGUGUUACAAGAGGAGGACCCAAUACUUGGAGAAGUGCAGGAAGGAGAGAAAAUUAUGCAUGGUAGAUGAUGUGGGGAAUACUAUUGCUGCACGUGAUUGUGAGGGGGAAGAAAUAGAGAACCAGCAGAAUGAUGUUUAUCUAUUGGAUGGAGAAUUUGGAAAUGAGCAGCAAAUUAAAGGCGUAAAUCAUGAUCAGCAUGAAUAUGAACUGCAGAGCAUGAAUGAGGAAGACGAGAAAGUAGGUGAAAAUGCAGAUGAGUUAAAGGGUGAUGAAAUGGAUCAUCAGCAAGGCAAUUUGAGUUGUAUGCCUGCCAAUGAGAGAAAGGACCUAGAAUCCAGUAGUUAUGUUGGCAUGUUGAAAAAUCUGGACAAAGCUAAAGUGUCAACUGAAAUUGUAUCCAGUGGAAUGGAUCAUUUGAAUUGGCGAGAAAGAGACAACCAGCAAUUCAAUGUAGCUGCAAAACAGGAAAAUGGCGAAAGAAAGUCCAGUUUAGAAGUUUCUGAGGAGGGGGUGAAAGAUGCUGUUAACAUGCUAAUGAAUGAGGAAACCCAUGAGGAGGGGCUUAAAACAGAACAGUUAACAGAUUUGACUGUAAGUGGAGUGGAUGUUACGGAUAUCCAAGGAAUGGAAAAUCAGCAAACGUGUUUGGUCUCAAAUCAGGAAAACGGUGAAAAACGUUUUGGUAUAGAAGGUUCUUUGGAGGAGGAGCAACACGUACGUGCUGAGAGUAUUUUGGAUGAACAACAUGCCGCCCAAACAGAACCUGGAAUUGAAUUGACGGUAGUGCAAGGCGAGAAAGAAGUUGAGGAGAUGGAAGGGUUGGCAGAAGAGCCAUGCAAAGUCGAAACUGAUGAAUUGCUUGACAACGGAGAAAAAGUAAUGCAAAAGCUCUAUAUGCAGGUUGAUUUAUGUGCCGCGAAGCAUAAUACUUCCCAUGAGAAUGCUUUGAAGGAGGGAGUGAAUCAGGAGGGACAUGCCACUCAAACAGAACCUGGAAAUGAAUGGAUGGUGGUGCAAAGAGAAAGAGAAGCUGAGGGGAUGGAAGGGUUGGCAAAAGAAGUAUGUGAAGCUGAAAUCGGUGAAUUGCUUGACAAGACAGAAAAUGCGAUGCAAAAUGUUGAUUUAAGUGCCGAGAAGCCUAAUAUUUUCCAUGAGAAUGCUUUGGAGGAGGGGGUGAAUCAGGAGGAAACGCACUUGCGUGAUUCCUUGAAGAGAUCUGAAGAAGAAAAUAUUGAACCAGAAUCGAUGGAUGUGAAUGAAUUUCUUCGAGCUGAUGUGGUUAGUAAGCAGAUCACAUUGAAUGCAAGAACAUGUAAAGGUGGAAGUGAUCAUCAUAUAGAGACUACAGAGGAGGAUAUCAUAUGUUUGGAGCACGAGGAAAAUGACAAAAGGGAACAGCAGUUAUGCAAAAGUAAUGCCUCUGAAGACUCUGUAUUACAACAAUGUGCUCCAACAAAUGUUGAGGUAUGCGAAAUUCAUAAAGGAAAGAUUCAAGUUGUGGAAACCAAUAUUUCAAAUGAUCUUCCUAUGGAAGUGUUGGCAAAAGAAAUAUGUGAAGCUGAAAUUCAUAAAUUGCUUGACAACAGAGAAAACGUGAUGCAAAACAUACAGGUUGAUUUAAAAGCUGACAAGCAUGUUAUUUUGCAAGAGAAUGUUUUGGGGGAGGAAGAGAAUCAGGAGGGGAUGAAUUCCUCUAAGAGUUGUGGAGAAAAUGUUGGAGUAGACGCAACAGUUUGGAAUGAAAUUCUUGGAGCUGAUAAUGAUAAUAUACAGGUCACAUUAAAUGCAGAACCGUCCAAGGGUGGAAGUGAAUAUGUUACAGAAACUAAAAGGGGGGAUGUUAUGUAUUUGGAGCAUGAGGAAAAUGAUAAAAGGAAAUUCCAGUUAAGUGAAAGUAACAUCUCUGAAAGGCUUGUCUUACAGAAUUGUACUCCAGGAGAUGUUGAAGUUACUGAAGUACAUAAAGAAAAGAUUCAAGUUGUGGAAACCAAUAUUUCUCACGAUCCCCCAAGGGAAUGCACUUCAAUUGAGGACCUUUAUUCAGCUCAGGGUGUUCAAUCAACUUGUGAAAACGAGAUGCGUUUUAGUGCACCCAACAAUAAUUUCAAUCACUCUUUCAUAGAACUACCUACCCCGAACUUGGAUGUGCAAAUUGGAGAACUGAUCCCAUCUGUUCAUACUGAAGCACAGCAAAGUAGGAAUGUCCACCCAAGUGCAACUUCUCUAGAAAAUUUUGAAUCUCAGCCUGAUAUUGGUAUGAAUAUGGGUGGUUCUUCCUUUGACAAUUCGAUAAGGAGCGAGAUUUGCAGUCUGAAUUAUAGCCAGUAUGAGCAUGUGACUGAAAGUCAAAAGAGGGCUAGGAGUGAUGAUGCCGAAAAUAAUGAGCCACUGGACCUUGAGUUGUGUACUAGACAGAUGGAAGUAUGGAUGUCAAGAUUGAAAAAUGCAGCUAAGAAACGAGCUCGGGCAGAUGGUGAAAUCAGCACAAGGCUGCUAAGGAAAAUUGAGGAGCAGAAUAAGAUCAUUGAAGAGCAGAACAAAAUGAUUCAACAGCAUGAGAAAUUGAAGAACGAGGAACAGCAAAAGAAACAGAAGGGUAUUCGUAGAUAUGAGCGUGAACUACGUCUCAUGCAGGGUGUUCUUUCUGACUACCGGAGGGCUCUGAAAGAGGUAGACAAGUCAUAUUCCAAGUAUAGAGAGCGUUGCCAACUUCCUGAAGAGCCACUUUAUAUGGAUGAUCCAUGUGGUGGUGGUAAAGUUAUCCUGGCAGCAGAGUUUAACAAAUUGUCACUCGAAAGCCAAAACAAGGCCACUCAAGUCAGCAUUGAAGGCAUGAUGAAGAACUUCAUGCAUGAAUGGGUUGAUAAAUUUGAAGAAUAUUUUAUUGAGCUUGAUCAUCUCUGUCAUAGGUUGGAAGACGUAGAAAUUUCUGUGUCCUCGUUGAAAGGAAAGGUUUUGAACGCUCAGGAUCCUGGAACCUGAAAAUGCAUUCUGGGCUUCUCAAUGCACUGGAGGCUUUUGGUUUCGUUUUAACGUCCAGGUCUUUGACAUAUCACAGGUGACUUAGUUUCCUGGACAUGUCUGAUAAGUUGGUUGUUUGUGUUACAGAUGGAAGUAGCUUCUUAGUAGUUUAAGCUCUUGUUGUCGAAACCUUAAUCAGAUUGAUGAUCCUAAAAGUUCGUGUUACGUGGAUACUGGUUCUUAACUCUUUGUCCUGACAAUGAUAAUUAAGUUGAUUUUGGCCGUUCAACAUGUGAUCCUAGAUUGAAUAUCUUACAAGAAAUUCAUGAAUCUGCAUUUGAGUGAGUGAUGGAGCUAGUUACUUGCUUCUUGUGUGCAUUUGUCUAUUACAAGAAGUCUCAUGGAGCAGGGCUUUCCGGCUUUGCAGAUAAGCCGUUAAUGUUGAGGCUGUAGUUUUAGCCACACAUAUUCUUUCUGAUGGAAGGCUAAACCUGCAAAAUCACGCUCCUUUUCCCUUGAUUUAUGCUGUAUUCCGUUAGUGCACUUAGAAAGAGCUGCAUUACUCGUAGCUUGACGAUUUGAGGCAGGUAUUAACACCUACAACAUCUUUGGUAAAAGUAAUUGUGUAUUCUAAUACUAAUCUUGCUCUCUAAAUUUUCUUGGCAA